AUGCUAAAGAUCCCAGCCGUGAAGCGCGAGUGGACGGUGGAGGAAGAGCGAGCUUUACGAGACGGCGUGCAAAAGUACGGAGCGGGAAAGUGGCGAGCCAUUCAACUCGACCCCACGUUUGGACUCGCGCUGAACCAUCGCUCGAACGUGGACCUGAAGGAUAAGUGGCGGAACUUGCACGCGAACGGCGGGUCGGCGGAGGCGGAGCCGACGGCGACGGAGGUCAAGCUCGGGGCGAUGACGCGAGAGGUGUCGUCGAGCGGAAGAGAACAGAGCGGUGAGAAGGCGGCGAAGCGAAGAAAGGAGGACGAGAGCGAGGAUGCGAGUGGUGGACGCGCGCUCACCGGAGCGCACGAGGCGCAGGUGAACGAGUUGAUGGCGGAAACGCAGCGAGCAAAGCGUGAGGCAGAGACGGCGCUCGCGGCGGCGACAGAGGCCGAGCGCGAGGCCGAGCGCGCGGAGAGAGAGGCGUGGGAGGCGGAGAAAUUAGCGAGCGAGCUCGUGACGGAGGCGCACAGGCAAAAGGUGGGACUCCCGGUCGAGGGUGCGGAGGAUGUCGCAGACGUCGCCGCCGAGCUUCUUGACGAAGACGAGCGCGGAGGCGGAUGA